AGCGUUGUAUAUAUAUAUAGUCCGUCAAGUCUGUUUAAUUCUCAAUAGGUGUCACUACCCGUUAGUAAAUAGAAAAAAGUACUCGUCUCCUCUCUCGUUUGUUCCAGUCUGGUUUGCUUUCUCAAACUUGAAAAGAAAUCUACUAUUUUUGAAAAUACCUGAUUUUCGAGGAUUUAGAUGUUUGUGCAAAUCUGGUAGGAGUGCUGCUUAAUUUAGAAUUGAAAGUUGUCCACAUAUAUUAUUAGCCAAUUGUUGAAACUUCAGUCGUAGCACGUUUUAAUGUUCGUAGACGUUUGCACAACGUCUACAUUAUCAAAUGGAGGAAAAACAAGACAUUCUUGAAGAAUUAACACUUCCAGGCAAUGUUACUGCAAAAGAUGUGGAAUUUAAGGUAGUUUUUAACAAAAAGAAAUAUGAUGUUAUCUUCAAUCUGGAUUCCACAAUUGCUCAGUUAAAGGAACAUUUGCACACCAUCAUUGGUGUACCAAAAGAAAUGCAAAAACUCAUGGUCAAAGGCCUUGCUCAUGAUGACAAAUCCUUAAGAGAUUCUGGAAUUAUUUCAGGAUCGAAAGUUAUGGUCAUUGGGUCAACAUUUGAUGAUGUUUUAGCUCUCUCUCAUCAAACAGCAACAUGGAUCCCUGAAGAUAAAUUGAAACCAGCAAGUGCUAUUAAAGAACCAUUGUGUCAUCAGAAAAUACAUAAAAAAGUUUUGGACAAAGGACUACCUGAGGAUGUUAUGCCUGGUGUUAAGAAUGCCAAAGAAGGAUUACCACCUCAUCCAUUGAAUGGGAUGUGCAGCCGAGGCAAAGUAAGAUUGACAUUCAAGAUGGAAAAUGACCAAAUCUGGAUAGGAACAAAAGAAAGGACAGAGAAAAUCAGCAUGUCAUCAAUAAAAACCAUUGUGAAUGAGCCAAUAGAAGGACAUGAAGAAUACCACAUUAUUGGAAUUCAGCUUGGUCCUACUGAAGCUUCAAGAUAUUGGAUCUAUUGGAUACCAUGUCAAUAUGUGGAUGCAAUAAAAGAAACUAUUUUAGGGAAGUGGCAUUAUUUUUGAUUAAAAAAUAUGUUCAAUUUCUGGAAAUUGUCACUUGAUUCAAUACUAUUUAUAACUUUUUCUGCUAAUAUAAAUUGAUGAGUUGAGUAUUUCUUAAAUAACAUUUCUAAAUAUGUA